CACAUCACUAGCUAGCUAAAUUGUAUGAAAAAAAAAGAUUGAAUUGAAAAAAAAAUGGCAGAGAAGAAACUGUAUGAUGCUGCAACAAUUGGAGAUGUAGCAACACUCCAACAACUGCUCCAAGCAAAUCAACAUCUUCUUGAUGUAGUCUCAUUCCCAUGUCUCAAAAAUGUGUUGCACAUUGCCAUAAAGCAUGGAAAAGAGAGCAUUGUGGAAGAGGUGCUGAAGAUCAACCCGGAGCUCGCUCUCGAGCUCGACUCCAAGAACUCGUCGUCUCUCCACCUUGCAGCUGCCAGAGGGAACGCGGGGAUUGCGAAGAGAUUGCUAGUGAUAGCCCCGGAGAUGUGCUGGUGGCGAGACGGCCAAGAUAUGAACCCGCUUCAUGUUGCGGCCGUGAAGGGGAAUGAGGCGGUGUUGGAGGAGAUGCUAAGGCAGGAUUCCCUUGCGGCCGCGGCGAGGCUGCAUCGCGGACAGACUGUGCUGCACUUGUGCGCGAAACAUCGUCAGCUUGGGACGUUGAAGGUUUUGGUGAAGGAGUUGGGCCACUUAGUGGGUGCAAGGGAUGAUGAUGGGGAGACAUUGCUGCAUUUUGCUGUGAUGGAUUAUCAACUUGAGAUUUUAGAAUACUUGAAGAGAAGUUGCAAACUAGAGAAGCUGACAACGAAUUCGAGCGGCAAAACAGCACUGGAUAUCUUGAACGAGAGCGUUCGAGACGAAACAACAUACCCAAAAAUGAAAAGAAUCCUCGAAAAUAUUUCUAAUCACUCAAUAUUCCAAAACUUGCCUAGGUACACCGAGAUGACGAUGGUGGCGGCCGUCCUGAUAGCGACCAUGGCGUUCCAAGCGGCCGUCAGCCCCCCUGGCGGCGUGUGGCAAGAGGACGGAUUCGAUAAGGAGACCAGCCGAGAUUACAAAGCCGGGUUUGCCGUCAUGGCUACUAAACAUCCCAAGACAUACGCGAAUUUCGUUCAUGCCAACCUCUUGUCGUUCAUUUCGUCUACCAUCGCAAUCUUGUUGCUUUCCACGGCCGGGGGUCGGACCAGUGGAUUUUCGUGACGAUCACGACGUAUUUGGAGUGGCUGUCGAUGGCGGCUAUCGCAAUUACUUAUGGAGCUUCCUUGGUCAUGACCAAUCCCGACAUGGUGGAAUUCGGAUUUAGCAACGUUGUUUAUAUAACAACCUCUAUAUUUGUUCCAGUCAUAUGUGUUAUCUUUCUUUUUGGCUCUAGAAGAAAUGGUGGGAAAAGACUUGUCAAGAAGGUCAGGCCCAAUUGUGACACUGUCUAAGGGGUGAGUGGUUAUGUUACUUUGUUGUUGGAUUGUGUUUUAUUAUUGAUUUGCGGGUUUUCUUUUUGGUUCUUUCCCAUGACGCAUUUGUUGAACCU